AUGCAGCAGAAAGCCUGCUUGCAGCGGGCUGGGCCUUCGCCGGAGCCUGCAGCGCUGGGAGCUGGGGCCCUGUCAGGCCCGGAGGGACCUCCUGGUCCCGCUGGAAGACCCGGCCUCCCAGGGGACAAAGGUGCCAUUGGGAUUCCUGGACGUGUGGGACAGCAGGGAAGAAGGGAAGAAGAAGGGGCCCCAGGAGAUGCCGGCAUGUCCAUCAUCGGUCCCCGCGGCCCCCCUGGUCAGCCGGGCACUCGAGGUUUUCCUGGAUUUCCGGGUCCCAUCGGGCUAGAUGGAAAACCGGGCCACCCCGGACCCAAAGGAGAGAUGGGCCUGAUGGGUCCCCGAGGACAGCCGGGACCUCAAGGACAAAAAGGAGAAAAGGGUCAGUGUGGAGAGUACCCACAUCGGGAGCACCCAAGUGGCACUUUUUCGUCUCUGCGCUCCAGUCAGAUCAUUACCCUGAAGCUGCUGCCUCUCCUCAAUUCAGUGCGACUGGCUCCACCCCCAGUCAUAAAAAGGCGGACCUUCCAGGGCGAACAGGGCCAGGCCGGUAUCCAAGGACCACCGGGGCCACCAGGCCCCCCUGGACCGAGCGGACCUCUGGGGCCCCCGGGACUGCCAGGGCCCAUGGGGCCACCCGGCUUACCUGGGCCUCCAGGACCAAAGGGAGACCCAGGAAUCCAGGGUUACCACGGCCGAAAGGGAGAACGAGGCAUGCCGGGGAUGCCGGGCAAACACGGAGCCAAGGGGGCUCCCGGAAUCACCGUGGCGGGGAUGAAGGGUGAGCCGGGGACCCCAGGAGCCAAGGGCGAAAAGGGGGCUGCAGGCUCCCCCGGGCUGCUCGGCCUCCUGGGGCAGAAGGGAGAAAAAGGCGACGCUGGCAACUCCUUUGGAGGGGGCAGAGGGGAGCCCGGCCCCCCAGGGCUACCUGGGCCCCCAGGCCCAAAGGGAGAAGCUGGUGUUGAUGGCCAGGCCGGCCCCCCAGGACGGCAAGGAGACAAGGGUGAGCCCGGAGCAGCCGGAGAACAGGGACCGGCUGGCCCCAAGGGCAGCAAGGGGGAACCAGGCAAAGAAAUGGUGGACUACAAUGGGAACAUCAACGAGGCUCUCCAGGAGAUCCGAACGCUGGCCUUGAUGGGGCCCCCUGGUCUUCCCGGGCAAAUCGGCCCACCCGGAGCCCCGGGGAUCCCAGGCCAGAAGGGGGAGAUUGGACUUCCAGGCCCUCCAGGACACGAUGGGGAAAAGGGACCUCGAGGCAAACCAGGCGACAUGGGCCCUCCCGGUCCCCAAGGCCCCCCAGGAAAGGCUGGGCCCACAGGAAUGAAGGGUGAAGACGGACACGUGGGGAGCCCGGGAGAAAAGGGGGAGAAAGGGGAGACGGGGCAAGCAGGCCCACCGGGUCUAGACGGCCCAACUGGGGAGAAAGGAGAACCAGGUGGCCAAGGGAGACCCGGAACAACAGGAUUGCCCGGCCCGAUCGGGCUCCCGGGAUUUACAGUUCCUGGGCCCCCAGGGCCAGAGGGGCCUCCCGGACCUCCGGGACUCCAAGGUGUUCCUGGACCAAAGGGGGAAGCGGGACUGGAUGGAGCAAAAGGAGAGAAGGGUGUCCAGGGAGAGAAAGGAGACCGAGGGCCGCUGGGAUUACCCGGAGCUUCAGGUUUGGACGGCAGGCCUGGGCCACCGGGUACUCCAGGACCAGUCGGAGUUCCAGGCCCAGCGGGACCAAAGGGCGAGAGGGGCAGCAAAGGCGACCUUGGGAUGACAGGACCAUCAGGAGCGGCUGGGCUUCCUGGUUUACAUGGACCACCCGGGGACAAAGGAAACCGGGGGGAGAGGGGGAAGAAAGGCUCUAGAGGGCCUAAAGGGGAUAAGGGAGACCAAGGAGCGCCUGGAUUAGACGCCCCCUGCCCGUUGGGCGAAGAUGGCUUACCAGUCCAGGGCUGUUGGAACAAGAGGCCCACGCCGCCCGCCGGCACUGUCGUUAUUCCUAUGGCGGGAGACUUCCAGGAUGUGGCCCUUCCCGAGGGAUCCUGA